CAUAUAACUACAACUUAUCAUACUCAGUUAUCUCCCAUAGCGAUUUAUAUCUGUCUGCAAACUAUCCCUUUGUUGGCUAUGCUUGCUAAAUCAUCAUUCAUAAAGCGAAACAGAUAAAGAACAAGCUUGAUUGACAUCGCUCAACAAGCUAUAGUUGAUAACAGUACAUACUUGACCAUUAUUGUCCUAGCGACAGUCACUAGUCGUAUUUCAGCUACCGCAUUGCAAGUUCAAACAAUGGCCGAUAUCGAGCAAGCAGAAGAUAUUUUACGGCCACUUUCUCGGCAGGAACUUGUCAUUCUGGAGGACUUGUACUUUAAAAAAUGCCCGAUCGAAUUGCCGUUCUACUUUAUCGUUAAAAAUCAAUUAACAUGGGACGAUCAAUUAAAGCAAACCCAUGUGGAAGAGCGCUGCCUUUCUGCGAGAGCAUAUUUAAAGUUCUACACUCCGCGAUGUGGAAAUCCGAAAGAAACCGGAACUUUUAUAGCAAUAACAGGUGAAGAAGAUCCGACGAUUUAUUUCCAAACGCUACAGGAAGAACCGAGCCAGCUGUUGAAGUAUUUGACCGAGUCGAGUUACAUUGACUAUAGAUGCAAUCCAGUAUUUGCCGCCGUAAGUGACCAACAUUUGGAUAUUCUGAACCGCAUUUUGGACAAGGUCAAUUGUACACCGGAUAUACUAUCGGAUUGUUCAUAUUACAUGAUGACAAAUGAGGAAGCGUUGCUGCAAAGUUAUGAGAUACCGAAAGAUGUGAUUAUGAGGGAACUUGAACCGUCUCAUUCAACUUUGAUGAACGAGCUGUGGCCUCACCGUUAUCCAAACUCUGAAAAGUACAUUGAGCUGCUAAUCAAACUGAACGGAGGACUUGGACUGUUCAACAAAGACAGCGGCGAGAUUGUAGGAUGGGUGUUGAAAAACGAGUUUGCAGGCGUUGGCCAUUUACAAAUAAUGCCGAACCAUCGUCAAAAGGGCUAUGGUAUGAUCUUGGCGAAAGCUAUGACAAAAAGAAUUGCCCAGCAAGAUGGCGGAAUAGUGAACGCAUUCAUCGUGGACAAGAACACAAACUCGAGACUGCUAUUUGAUAAACUUGGUUACAAGUUAGUUGCCGGCUCUAAUUGGAUAAGAGCUAGUUUCUCACAAUAGAAUAAGUGUGAUCAGCAUUCUAAAUGUAAUUCUUAUAAAGGAAAUUGUGAUAAACCAUCUACUGAAUUGUGAACAACGCUUCAGGAUAAAUCAAUCUUAUAAGCUUUAUCGUUACAAAUAAAGAAAUUAUACCUA